AUGGCUGAUACACAUAACCACGUGCCCGACCACAUCUGCAUGAUGGAGGGUCCUGAUCCAGAGUUAUCUAUCUCCACUUCGCAAUUCGACGACCUUCGAGACGACCUUCGCCGCGCUGAUGAUGAGAUCUCGAGACUGCAAGCUUUACUCCGAGAGAACAACAUCGAUUAUAGAAGAGUACACCGCCCAUCACAGAGCGAAAGCCUCGACAACAGUCAAGACUCAGAGUUGGAAGUUGGAGAGAAGCUUCCGGAUUUGCCGCAAGAGAUCAUGUUCCAGAUCCUUGGGUACUCACUCACGAGCUCUACCACUCUUACCGAUCCAUUCUACAAAGGCCGCAAAUCCAAUAUGACUCCAGAGGAGCAAUUUGCCCGCAAAAAGAUCAACGUCAACUUCCUUGCUACCAGUAAGGUAUUCAGGGACGAAGGAAAGGCUCUUAUACUCAAGAACAAUGAUAUCGUGUUUACUCAGGUCGCCGCACUCGCCAAUUUCGCGAAGAUUCCUGCGGCCCUGCGCGUGAAAAUCGACCAUGUCACCCUUCGAGUCGUCGGACGUUACUACGGAGACAAAGCAAAGAAGGAGUUUAACAUGCAAGAAGAAAGCAGGUAUCAUGCACUAGUUCCGAAGUUCAAGAUCCCUUUGCUGGCACGACCAAAAGGUAUGAUCAAGGAGCAUGGCAUCCACGCAUACUGCUACAUGCAAGUCGGCGACUUCUUGAAAGCACUCUUUGUUCCUCGUCGAAUUUCAAAUGGCAGACAGUACAAGCUUCUGCCUUCCUUGAAGACGAUGCGCAUGGAUCUCAUCAAUUUCAGUGAUCACCUGGUAUUGGGCCGUACUUACUUCACGCCCAUCAUUCGAUGGCACCUCAAUAAGUUCCUCGACGAACUCCUCGUGACGGGAGGAUCGCUUGGAGGUGAAGAGGAUGAAGAGAUGUAUGUGUUGCGAAAUUUGGUGAGCAAUGGAGGAUUGUUCUCUGAAAAUGGUGCCGUGUUCAUUUCUGUCCCGGGUGGUCUGAAGCCCCUGCCACCUUAUGGAAUCACUCAUGAACUUGUACGCUCUGAAGAGGUUCCGAUGAAAUCUUUCCAGAAAUACCACCCUGAAGGUGGAACUCCUCCAAAGUCUCACCCCGAGAGAAAGACAGUAUUCAAAUGGGCUGCCGAUAGCUUGUCUGAAAGAAAGAGAUGGAUCGAGUUCGAUUAUCUCACUGGCGAAGAGCUUACCCCUGAUUGGAACGAUAUUGAGAGUGAGAUUGAUUCGGAGGAUAUGUAUGAUGAAUCAGAGGACGAGGGUGAUGGUUCGGACUUCGACCAUGGCUCAUAUGAUUCGAGUUCUUCAAACCAUCUACUUGGCACGGACGAUUUUUAUGCGGGUUCAGAUGAUGGGUUUGAAAGUGCUGUGGAGACUCUCGAACCUAUUUUCAAGAGCCAGGUUGUUGUCGACGAAACGACUGACUGAACUGCUAGGGCC